AUGGCCAACAAUCAAACAGCCGAUCAAUCUCUUUCUGAAGUCAGUGCUAUACGUCUAUUCAAUAGCGUGGCAGUAACAAAUGAAGAUAUGACUUUGCGCCCAGUAAUAAUAGUAUCCCGAGAAGACGACAACUCGAUUACGGAACACAAGUCUAUUGAAACGGUUAUGUCUUGCGAUGAAAAUGGAAAUUCCUGUCGCAUUUGUCGAUGGAAUCGUAGUGAUUUGGAUAUAAUGGAGAGUCCUUGUCUCUGUCGUGGUACAGUAGGUCACAUUCAUUUGCAAUGCCUCAAAAGAUGGAUUAUGCAUCGCAGAAAUAUUCACUGUGAGAUAUGCAAUACUUCGUUCAUUAUACCGGUCGAAAAGUUGAGCUGGCGACAGAAGAUGAUGAACUUUUGCAACCAGUGUGCAGUACCGAUUGCAAAGAAUUUACUUUUCAGCUUUUCAUUGCUACCUCUUGGUCAUGUUAUAUUGCAGCAAGUUCUCUUUUGCAUGGAGGCUAUUAACCAGAGUCCCAACGAGCGUUUAACCUUUGCAGAAAUCAUGGUCGCCUCGUGUACUUUGAUGACGUCAAGUGCAUUGUUUUUCCACUUCUUUGAAUUUGUAACGACACGCAUGCUUUUGAUACGCAAUAUCUUGAGACAGUGGUGGAAUUUUGGGAAUAUAACAGAUUUUCCACCGGUUCAAAUUGAUAGUGGCAUAUUUGAUUUUCUAUAG